CGCCGAAUCAACAUGGCGGCGUAGACGGUUCGAGUGAAGUCGCAUAGCCGAAUAAAAGAGAAUUUAACCGUUCGAAUCGACGAAAACAACGAAAAUCCGCCCGGACGAAGCGUACGAACGAUCGAAGUAUGAUAGUGGUGGAAAAUCCGCCCUCUCGGAGCGGUACAAAAGCGUCCAGUAACAGGGAAAAGUGAAGGAUAAAAAACGAACGGAAAACAUCAAGUGACCUGUGAGCGAAUUGUGACAAGUGAACUGUACUUAUCCGGUGUCUCUCGGGGGGUAGAUGAAAAGGGCAUGAUUGUCGAGUUAUGGGCGCCCAGAAUACCAAGGAAAGGAACAUUUCCGUAGGCGGUACUCAUUCUAUGAGGGCCGCAAGGAACAGACCGAGGACUACGAAAGAUGGUCGUACAGCCAUUUCCUCCAAUAUUUUUACGGAACACAGCGAUUAUCAACUCCAUUAUCUGAAGGCCCUUUUGCAGAGCCGGCCGCUACCCCACAUACCCAGCCUGCCGGAGACGGAGGCGCCGGGGGGCGCCCAAUCGGCCGCCGCCGCCGCCGCCGCGACGCCCUCGGGCGGCGCCCCCUCGACGCCCGUCUCCUUCGAAACGGCCAACCGGUGGACCUCCAAGGAGAACCUGCUCGCCCAGGAGGAGGACGAUCCCCAGCUGUUCGUGGCCCUCUACGAUUUCCAGGCCGGCGGCGAGAACCAGCUCAGCCUCAAAAAAGGCGAGCAGGUGCGAAUAUUGAGCUACAAUAAAAGCGGGGAAUGGUGCGAAGCGCACUCGUCGACUAAUCAAGUAGGCUGGGUACCAUCCAAUUACGUCACGCCCGUUAAUUCUCUGGAAAAACACUCCUGGUACCACGGACCGAUAUCCAGGAACGCUGCGGAAUAUCUACUUAGCUCCGGCAUCAACGGCAGCUUCCUGGUGAGAGAAUCGGAAAGCAGCCCCGGUCAACGGAGCAUCUCCUUGAGGUACGAAGGCCGCGUGUACCACUACAGGAUCAACGAGGACGCCGACGGGAAGGUGUUCGUGACGGCCGACAGCAAAUUCAACACACUCGCCGAGCUGGUGCACCAUCAUUCGAUGAAUUCCGACGGGCUGAUCACCCAGCUGUUGUAUCCGGCGCCCAAGCACAACAAACCGACGGUGUUUCCGCUGAGUCCGGAGCCCGACGAGUGGGAGAUCAACAGGACCGAUAUAGUGAUGAAGCAUAAAUUGGGUGGUGGUCAGUACGGGGACGUGUACGAGGCCAUGUGGAAGAGAUACAACAUGACUGUAGCCGUGAAAACGCUGAAAGAAGACACGAUGGCGCUGAAAGAUUUCCUCGAAGAGGCGGCCAUCAUGAAGGAGAUGAAACACCCGAAUCUGGUGCAGCUGAUGGGCGUCUGUACGCGCGAACCGCCAUUUUACAUCGUCACCGAAUUCAUGAGCAAAGGGAAUUUGCUGGAUUAUUUGAGGAACGGGAAUAAAGAUCAAAUCAACGCCGUGGUGUUGAUGUACAUCGCCACGCAAAUAGCCAGCGGGAUGAAUUAUUUGGAAAGCAGGUGUUUUAUUCAUAGGGAUUUGGCGGCGAGGAAUUGCUUGGUGGGAGAGAACCAUUUGGUGAAAGUGGCUGAUUUCGGUUUAGCAAGAUUGAUGCGAGACGAUACCUACACGGCUCACGCGGGCGCGAAAUUCCCGAUAAAAUGGACGGCGCCCGAAGGACUAGCCUACAACAAAUUCUCGACGAAAUCGGACGUUUGGGCGUUCGGCGUCCUUUUGUGGGAGAUCGCCACCUACGGCAUGUCGCCCUAUCCGGGCGUCGAUUUGACCGACGUCUAUCACAUGCUCGAGAAGGGCUAUCGCAUGGAAUGCCCGCCCGGAUGUCCGCCGAAAAUCUACGAAUUGAUGAAGCAAUGUUGGCAAUGGCACGCCAACGAUCGACCCACGUUCCAGGAGAUCCAUCACGCUCUGGAGAAUAUGUUCCAGGAAUCGAGCAUCACCGAAGAGGUGGAAAAGCAGCUGCAGGGUAACGAUUCGCCGUGCGCCCCUUUGGGAACCCCCCAUAUGGCCUUCAAGAAAUCGCAUUCGGGUAGCACCGGGAACAUCCACGGCCUAGUUGGAUUAUCCGAACCCAACGAUAAUAUAAAUAGCGCUUCGACGAAAUUAUCGACGUUCACGGGCGGCUCGAAGACGAGCGUACAAAUGCGACGGUCGACGAACAAAAAGGGCAUGCCCGCCCCUGCGCCCCCCAAACGGACGAGUUUGCUGUCUUCUUGUAGUUCGUUCAGGGACAGCACGUUCGACGACCAAGGGCAAAUCGACAGUAUGACAGGAGAGGACGGGACUGAUUUAAACGGACUGACCAGAGAGCUUCAAACGUUGACGGCGAGCACGAAAUGCGACAGCGAAAGCGACCUGCAGGACCAAACGCCCGACACCGACGAUUCCGGCGCCCAUUCCUACCCGGAAAUAUCCACCGCCAGUAGUUUCACGACGCCCGGCAUGGGCUCGUUCAAACGCGCCCCCAUCAUGGGCAACAAGGGCUUGGAACAACGCGGCAAAAAGACCAAAUCGAAAGAACCGGUGCAAAUAGCCACGUUGGAGGUACAAAACGUCCGCAAGGCCAUCAACCGGUACGGCACGUUGCCCAAAGGCGCCCGAAUCGGCGCCUACUUGGAAUCCCUACGGCAAAACAACGCCCCCAACGACCACGAAUCGAACCAAAACACCAACAUUACCGACGCCCAAUCGGACCAGGCCACUCCACGUUCGUUGUCGCCUCGCACGAACAUCCGCACGCAACCCCAAAUGAUCAGGAGCAACUCCUCAGGGGGGGUAACCGCCUUCCACGCCACCCACCCCCCUAGCUCUCCCACCUCCUCGAAAUUAACGCGAAACAGACGCGAUGUGUCGCGCAACAACAACGGAACUGACGUCAGGAGCAGCUUGAGGAGCUUCAAGGUGUCCCAAGGGGGGAGUUUCCGCGGUGGGAGCCCUUCGAGAUCCGUACAACCUACUUUAGCCGAUUUGGAGUUCCCGCCGCCUCCUACCGAUCUACCGCCUCCGCCGGAGGAGUUCGAUAACGCUACAGGGUCGGAUCAGGUGGAUUCCACGCAGGAGCUGCGCAAGCGCGUCGUGCCCGCAUCGCCUUUAACUACUCGGAAAUUGUCUAGAGAUUCUAACAAGGAGCAGGCCAAAGAGGCGGCGGAGCCUCCGGAGGCGAACGACGUGGUGACGCUGCAACCUUCGGUGGAAGAGGCCAGUUCGAGGUUCGGCGUGAGUUUGAAGAGGACCGACAAGGAGGCGGCCAGGCAGGAUGAGAGGGAGAGAGAUGGUAGUCAGAAUCCGAGUCCUAGGCGGGCGAGUUUCAGUCCUGUAGGGGCGGGAUCGCCGGCGGAGGGGGCGCCGACGCCGCCGCCGCCGCCUCAAGGCGUCGCCGAGUGCGAUACUCCGCCCGAAGACAACAAAUCCUCCAAAGCGUUCCGCAACAAGUUGGCCAUGAAAGAGAUGGAACUCAAACUGGUGGCCGAAAUCAAAGAGAGCCAAAACAUGAAGAUCAAAAAUCUCAAAGAAUCCCCGAGCGAACCGUUCGCUCCCUCCCACAUCGGCCUCGAUCCCGCCGCCCAACUAGUCACCGAGCUCUCGCAAUCGCUCAACAUGGACGCCGCCCGGCGUCCCAACGGCUCCGCCUUCGCCUCGCAGCUCAAACGACUCAAACCGACCAAAGAGAAGCCCGACACCAAUCCCAUCAUCGAUUUCAAAUCGCGCCUGCGCAAGGUCGAACCCGCCGACGUGGAAACCGAUUCGCCGGCCUCUAACAAGAGAGAAAGUACAGCCAGUUCCGAUAGCGAUGAUAAGAGGAAGAGUACAGGUAGUAUUAGUAGUUUGAAGAAAUUAUGGGAACCUAAAGACGGGACUGAGACUAGUAUGGUAAACAGCCAAUUGAGUCCGAAAUUGUCGUAUCGCAACGAAGAUUCCUCCGAUGAAUCGAUUAAAGUGGCUCGAAAGGAGGAUAACAACAAACCGGUGGUACCGAUUAAACCGGCGGUUAUCAAACCCGGUUCGAAUUUAACUAGACCGAUUUACGCCACCCCCAACAACGCGAAACCGCCCCCAACAGGCGACGGGAAGCGCGAUAUUUUAGAGAUAACGCGCGCUUUGGAGGCGACGCUCGCCGACGCCGCGACGUCGUCGACGCUGUCGACGGCGACGUGGUUGCAAUUGGCCGACGGCGUCGGGGCGUUGCACGGCUCGUGCGCCGCCUACGCGGAUCGCGUCGGGCCGGCGCACGCCAAGUUUCAAUUCAGGGAGGCGGUGGGUAGGUUGGAGGCGCAGGCGCGGCUGUUGAGGCAGGCGGCGGGGGCGCGUCGCGGCGUCGGCGGCGGCGGCGGCGAGACGUGUUUGAGCGACGUGAACAACGCCAUCAGGGACGUGGUGAACGUGGUGUUGCGGUAGGAGGGUUCGGGGAUCCCACUGCUGAUUUUUUUUUUGGUUCGAUCCCACUUCUGAUUUUUU